AUUAUAGGAAAGCAAAAAGAGCAACUGAUCCAGCCCCUCCAGUUCAUUGCCAUGAAAAGGAGGAUAUGAUAGUUUGUCCUAUGAAAUCAGCUUACAUGUGAAAUUUGGCAGGUAACACACGACCUGUGGAAUAUGAGUGAUGACAAACCCUUUUUAUGCACUGCCCCUGGAUGUGGCCAGCGUUUUACCAACGAGGAUCACUUGGCUGUCCAUAAGCAUAAACAUGAGAUGACACUGAAAUUUGGUCCAGCUCGUAAUGACAGUGUCAUUGUGGCUGAUCAGACACCAACACCAACUAGAUUCUUGAAGAACUGUGAAGAGGUUGGCUUAUUCAAUGAACUAGCAAGUCCCUUUGAAAAUGAAUUUAAAAAGGCAUCUGAAGAUGACAUUAAGAAAAUGCCUCUAGAUCUGUCUCCUCUUGCAACACCAAUUAUAAGAAAUAAAAUUGAAGAGCCUUCUGUUGUUGAGACAACUCAUCAAGAUAGUCCUUUACCUCAUCCAGAGUCUACUACCAAUGAUGAAAAGGAAGUGUCACUGCAACAGACCGCACAGCCUACGUCAACAAUAGUUCGUCCGGCGUCGCUGCAGGUUCCUAACGUGCUGCUAACAAGUUCCGACUCGAGCGUUAUUAUUCAGCAGGCGAUACCAUCCCCAACGUCUAGUACUGUUAUUACCCAGGCUCCAUCUUCUAACAGGCCAAUAGUACCAGUUCCAGGUCCUUUUCCUCUGCUGUUACAUCUUCCUAAUGGACAAACCAUGCCUGUUGCUAUUCCUGCCUCAAUCACAAAUUCUAAUGUGCAUGUCCCUGCUGCAGUUCCACUUGUUAGACCUGUCACCAUGGUGCCUAGUAUCCCAGGGAUCCCAGGGCCUUCCUCCCCACAGCCAGUGCAGUCUGAGGCUAAAUUGAGGUUGAAAGCAGCCUUGACCCAGCAGCACCCUCAGGUAACAAAUGGAGAUACUGCCAAGGGACAUCCAAGUGGCUUGGUUAGGACUCAGUCCGAAGAACCUCGGCCACAGUCACUACAACAACCUGCAACAUCAACAACUGAAACACCGGCAUCACCAGCUCAGCCUACUCCACAAACAGCAAAUACAGGUGGUCGGCGAAGAAGAGCUGCCAAUGAAGACCCUGAUGAGAAAAGGAGGAAGUUUUUGGAGCGAAACCGGGCUGCAGCUUCCCGAUGCCGACAGAAGCGGAAAGUCUGGGUGCAGUCAUUGGAGAAGAAAGCCGAGGACUUGAGCUCACUAAAUGGCCAGUUACAGAAUGAAGUCACCCUGCUGAGAAAUGAAGUGGCACAGCUGAAACAGCUUCUUCUGGCUCAUAAAGAUUGCCCUGUAACUGCCAUGCAGAAGAAAUCUGGCUAUCAUACCGCAGAAAAGGACGACAGUUCGGAAGACGACGCGUCGGCGCCGGGCAGCCCGCACGCCGAGGCGAUCCAGCACAGCUCCGUCAGCACCUCCAACGGCGUCAGCUCCACGUCCAAGGCGGAGGCGGUGGCCACGUCGGUGCUCACGCAGCUGGCGGACCAGAGCACGGAGCCCGUGCUGUCCCAGAUCGUCCUGGCGCCUCCCUCCCAGUCGCAGCCGUCGGGAAGUUGAUUAAAACUUGCUUUGCCUCCGUUUCUUAGAUACCCGUUUGUGACUUUAAAGGGAAAUGAGCAAAAGACCAGUCUCCAUCUAGGAGAAAUCUGUAGCUUAAGAUUCAUUUU